UUGACCAAUGGGCAAGAAAUAGCUUCUCGAUCAACAUUUGCAAUUGAUGUGAGAUGUGAUCCUAAGAAAAGCACUAUAAAGUCCACGGGAAGAUUCACCAUUAACCAAAAAGAAUUCAUUGAUAUCCAUCAAACACAUAACAGAGCUCCCUAGCAAAAAGAAACCGAAACCACAACUACACACUACCUGCAACUUUAGCUUCGCCCAACAAAACCAAACUCCUCUCCCAACCUCUGACAAUGGUCGGCGGCGGCACAACCGGCAGCGGCAGCGGCAGCGGCGCAAGCAGCCCGUCGCUGUCUUCAACCACCUCACCCACCGACACUCUCGUCUUCAACCACGAGCAGUGCCUAUUCUGCAACAAGCUCCAGGGGAAUUUCGAGGCCAACAUGGCUCACAUGCGACUGGCGCACGGGCUCAUGAUCCCAGCCACGGAUCGCCUGGCCGUCGAUCUCGAGACGCUCUUUUCAUAUCUGCACCUCGUGGUCUCGGGCUACAACGAGUGCCUGUGCUGCGGCACCCAACGCAACACGACAGAGGCCGCCCAGCAACACAUGAUGGACAAGGGCCACUGCCGAUUCGACAUAGCCGACGGCUCCGAGUAUGCCGACUUCUACGACUCGUCCACCGACUCUGAGGCGGAAAGCGACGCCGAAGGGGCUGACGACGACGACAACACCAAGACGCCGCACUUCAAGACUGAAAACGCGGCGGCCGACCCGGACGAGAAGUGGCUCCGUCUGCCCUCGGGCCGCGUCAUCCACAACCGCGCCGGGCCAGCAGCCAGCUCCCGCUCCCGACGGACGCGGACGCGCUCAACGGACCAGACCCCCGCGGUGCUGCAGGGCGGGCGCGACGACCGGGAAUCGCAGGCGCCGCGGGGGUCGACGGGCGGCGCAUUGGAGAGCGGCAGGCUGGCGCUGUCCAAGGCGGACAGGCGCGUCGACGUCAUUGAUAGGCGGUUUGCCGACCUGCGCUCCGGCGACCAGCUCGCGCUCGCGCACCUGGGGCCGGCGGAGCGGCGGGCGGUGGUGGCGAUGCGGCAGAGGGAGACGGAGAGGGUGGGCAGGGUCGAGAGCAGGUACCGGCUGCGGGUGGAGGGGCUGGGGAACGUGUUUUUGAUGACGCAUUUCCGGAAGGAUGCGGCGGACAAGAGGACUUUGUAUAGGUGAUGUUGUAAAUUGUAAAUUGUGUUUUUCUGUUAGUUUGGACAGUUUUACUCUCAGUGUUUCUCCAUGUCAAUGUAGCCAGGUGAAUCAAGGAAGAAGUGC